UGCCCGGUGCGAUUAACUCGAUGAGAAUCCCGAUUCAACCUCCCCCUGAAUCCCAAUCCAACAUCGAGAACAACCUUCUCGUACCUCUCAACCCCACCACCAUGGAUCACCCACCAAAAUCCUACUGGCGAUUCAGCAAACAUGACUUCUAUCCCGAACCCUCUUUCCAAAACUUCUCCGCCUACAAGUCGGCAUUCUCCCAAACCCUCCACCGUCUCCACGAUCGCUGCCUCGGCCGAUCCACCGAUGUCAACGAACUCAUUGAACUCAAAAAACAAAGCGAAAACGAGAUGCAAAAGUGUCUCACUUGGGUUGAUCUAAUCUGGCUUGGAUUCGGCUCCGUUGUCGGCUCCGGCAUCUUCACCAUCACCGGUCUCGAAGCCCGAAACGACGCCGGACCAUCGAUCGUCUUAUCUUACGCUCUAUCCGGCUUAUCCGCCCUCUUCUCGGUUUUUUGCUACACAGAGUUCGCCGUUGAAAUUCCUAUCGCCGGCGGUUCGUUCUCGUUUCUCCGUGUCGAAUUGGGCGAUUUCAUCGCCUUCAUUGCCGCUGGUAACAUUCUAUUGGAGGCUGUUGCCGGUGCGGCCGGCUUAGCUCGAUCUUUUUCAUCAUACUUUGCGAGUAUGUUCAGUUCUAAUCCAGAUUUUCUUCGGAUUCGGAUCGAUUCAUUUGCAGAAGGUUUCAAUCUAUUAGACCCUAUUGCUGUUAUAAUCUUAUUUAUAGCAAACAUGGUAGCCAUGAAAGGAACUAAACUGACAUCAGUUUCGAAUAUGAUUCUUUCGAUGAUUAGUUCUUUGAUCAUCGUUUUCAUAAUCAUCGUUGGGUUUGUGCACGCCAAGCGUUCGAAUUUAGAACCAUUCUUCCCAUAUGGACCCGAAGGUGUGUUUCGAGCUGCUGCUGUUGUUUACUGGUCGUAUACUGGUUUCGAUAUGGUUGCUAAUAUGGCCGAAGAGACUAAAAAACCGGCUAGAGACAUACCUUUGGGUUUAGUCGGUUCGAUGUCCAUGAUCAGUGUGGUCUACUGUUUGAUGGCAUUGGCUCUUACGAUGAUGGUGAAGUACACCGAGAUAGAUCGAGAUGCAGCCUAUUCGGUUGCAUUUGAGAAAAUCGGGAUGAAAUGGGCUAAAUAUGUGGUGAGCUUGUGUGCUCUAAAGGGUAUGCUUACGAGUAUGCUAAUCGGGUCAAUGGGUCAAGCUCGAUACACGACUCAAAUAGCCCGAGCCCACAUGAUCCCACCCUGGUUUGCUUUAGUCCAUCCCAAAACCGGAACCCCAAUUUACGCCACUCUUUUGGUCACCACAAUCAGCUGCAUCGUUGCUCUUUUCUCGAGCUUGGACGUUUUAUCGAGCGUGUUAUCGUUUAGUACUCUCUUUAUAUUCAUGCUCAUGGCUAUUGCGUUACUCGUGAGACGCUAUUACGUGAAGGAGACCACAUCUUCACGCGAUUUAGCCAAGUUUAUGGCUUGUUUAUUGGUCACAAUUGGUUCGUCUAUUGGAAUAACGGCACUUUGGGGUGUGAACCGGAAAGGGUGGGUCGGGUAUGCGGUGUGUGGUGGGUUGUGGUUCACGGGUGUUACAGGAAUGACAGUGGCUCGAAAGCAGAGGGUUCCGAAGGUUUGGGGGGUUCCGCUGGUUCCGUGGUUGCCUGCGCUAUCGAUUCUGAUGAAUGUGUUUCUGAUAGGGUCAUUGGGUGGGAUAGCGUUCAAGAGGUUCUUUAUAUGCAGUGGUGUGAUGCUGGUUUACUAUCUUCUUGUUGGGGUUCAUGCAACUUAUGAUUUGGCUCAUCAAGAUCCUUCGGAAUCGACUAUCGAAAAAGGAAAGGAGAAUAUAGACGGAGAGAGGUUGUAGCGAACAUGGUUCGAUUCAUUUGUUGUCGGUAAAUACGUGAACAGUUUGGCAAAUUUGAUGAUAUUUUGUUUGGAUUCUGAUUGCAAAAACUUUUUAUGUACAUUUUUUCACCCGUUAAGGUGUUUACUGAAACAGUUAUGCUAUUUUUUGGG